CUCACCCCAAAACAUUUCUUAUCAAUGAAUCCCUUAUUCAAAGCUCCCAAGGGCUAUCUGAAAUGUCCCCCUUCAUACUAUACAGUAACUCCGCCUCACCUCCUUUCCAUCUUCAAACUUUCCACCAUUUCUUUAUUUGGGAUUUUGGUGAGGUGUAGGGUGCGACGCUCUCCGGUAUGAUGUGGUGGUGGCUGUUUCCUGUAUUGAGCGCUAUUUUGUUUGUCGUGCUUUUCAUCAUAUACUUGACCAUUUGCCAACGCUACAAGGUUUUUAGUGAGGCGUACCUUAGGCCUCCGGGACCCUUGGUUAACGAUGACCGAAAGAGGGAUGACAGGCUCAAGAAAGGAUUCCGUGUGGAUCGGGUUCCCAAUGCUCUGGAUGCUGUGGUUAUUGGCAGCGGUAUCGGGGGUUUGACAGCUGCGGCUCUCUUGUCCAAGGCUGGAAAGAGAGUUCUUGUUUUGGAGCAGCACGAUCAGGCUGGUGGCUGCACUCAUACCUUUCAAAAUAAGGGCUUUGAGUUUGAUGUGGGCAUUCAUUAUCUUGGCCAGCUUCAUGAGAACAGCCUUCUUAGGGUCGCCCUGGAUCAGAUCACAGAGGGCCAGAUGCAAUUUACUCGGCUUGAGCAACACUUUGAUACAUUGCUCUUGGGCCAGCCUGGAAAACACAGGGAGUAUCGUAUACACGCAGGGAAGACUGAAAUGGCAGCUAAUCUGAAGAAGCAGUUCCCAGGAGAGGAAGACGCUAUUGAUGAGUUCUUUAGAAUUAUGAAGCUAGCCUCACAGCGGACGCCACUUUUUGCCUCUUUGAAGAUUGUUCCAUACUGGCUUGUCAACUUCCUGGUGUGGACUGGUCUAUUAGAUCGCAUAUCUACAGUGUUCCGCCUAGCAACCACAAACCACUCUGAAGUCAUAUCCCGUCUCACAAAAAACAAAGAUCUUCAGGCUUUAUCUGCCUACCUUUUCUAUGGUGUGCCUCCAAAACAGUCUAGCUUUCUCAUCAAUGCGCUCCUUCUUCACCAUUACAAACGUGGUGCAUACUAUCCAAGAGGAGGCGCAAGUGAGUUUGCCUUUCACAUCAUUCCUGUCAUUCAGCAAACAGGGGGCGCUGUCUUGGUCAGGGCGCCAGUGCAGCGUAUCCUGCUCAACCAGCAGGGGAAAGCUCGUGGAGUGACAGUGCUAAAAGGACAAGAGGAGAUCGAGAUCCACGCUCCUGUUGUCAUUUCUAAUGCCGGAAUCUUCAACACAUUCCAAAAGUUUCUGCCAAAUCACAUACAACAAAAAUCAGAGAUUCAGUCAUUGUUGAGUAUGGUGCGCCACGGCAUGGGUUCCUUCUUGGUUUUUGUUGGUCUGGACGGAACCAAAGAAGAGCUGGGAAUCGUUUCCACAAAUUUCUGGAUGUAUAAAGACAGCGACUUGGAUACACUAAUGGAACGAUACUCUUCGCUGAGCAGAGAAGAAGUACUGGGAAACAUUCCGAUGAUGUUCAUCACCUUUCCAUCUGCCAAAGACCCCACAUCUAACAUCCGGCAACCAGGAAAGUCCUGUAUGACUUUGUUAACCAUGGCUCGCUAUGAGUGGUUUGAAGAAUGGGAGGGGACAAAGAUUGGCAAGAGAGGACAGGAUUACCUGGAUCUGAAAAACAGCAUGUCUCAGGAGAUGCUGAACUGGGCCAUAACCAUCUUCCCCCAAUUACAAGACAAAGUGGUUAUGAUUGAUGCAGCCACCCCUCUGACUAAUGUACAUUAUUUGGGUGCACCGAGAGGUGAGAUGUAUGGUGCUGAACACAAUUUGGAGCGCUUCACCCCAGAAACGGUUGCAAGGACCAGACCACAAACUCCAAUCAGUGGUUUGUACUUAACAGGUCAGGAUGUGUUCUGUAAUGGCAUGGCUGGAGCUUUACAUGGUGGAUUACUCUGUGCCUCUGCUGUGCUAAAUCAGAUCCUCUAUAUUGACCUUCUCGCUCUUAAGAACCACCUCAAAAAAAGAAAGGCAAAUCAUAAGCUCACCUGAAAGUAACAAUUUGAUUUACUCACUACCAUAUUUCCCAGAUGUCUCCAUCCAUGAAUGAAGAUACAGCAUAUAUAUU